AUGUCGGACCGUUAUAGCUUUUCCUUGACUACUUUUUCGCCGACAGGAAAACUCGUGCAAAUUGAAUAUGCCUUGAACGCAGUAGCUCAAGGAGUCACCAGUAUCGGGAUCAAAGCGACCAAUGGGGUUGUCAUUGCUACCGAAAAGAAAACAGCCUCACCACUUAUUGAUGAUUCUUCACUCGAAAAAGUUGCUAAUGUCUGCCCGAAUAUCGGUAUUGUCUAUUCUGGAAUGGGUCCUGAUUUUCGGGUGUUACUAAGUAGAGCAAGGAAAGCCGCGCAAAAGUAUAAAAGAGUUUACAACGAAUACCCUCCAACAAACAUUCUGGUUAAAGAGGUUGCAAGUGUUAUGCAAGAAUUCACUCAGAGGGGUGGUGUACGCCCUUUUGGGGUUUCCCUCUUAAUUGCCGGAUAUGAUGAUAAUACGGGUCCGGCGUUAUACCAAGUCGAUCCGUCAGGGUCAUAUUGGGCAUGGAAAGCGUCCGCGAUUGGGAAGAAUAUGGUCAACGCCAAGACGUUUUUGGAAAAACGAUAUAAUGAAGAGAUGGAACUUGAAGAUGCGGUCCAUACUUCCAUUCUUACUCUCAAAGAAGGGUUUGAAGGUCAGAUGACUGAAAAUUCAAUUGAGAUUGGUAUUAUAGGAGGCG